UAAACAUUGAAUUUCGUGUACUGUUUAAAGUGACGUUCGCUGUUCCGAUUUAUUGAAACCGACAGUUUACCCCAAGAUUGUUUCCUCGUUCCAGUUAUUGCUCAGAUCAAAUUUUCCUUCUUUAUGCAUGUCUGCCUUAAAAUGUAUAUCUAAAGUUACUUGAAAUGAUACCGACCAAUAAAACUACAAAUAAUUGAUUGCAUGUGCAUGCUUUUCUAUUAAAGUGUUUCUCAAAUCACUUGCAGUUAUUUUAUACAACAUUUAUUUGUUGUGAAUUCUCAGAAUAUAUUUAAAAGUGAGGCAGCUUAGUAUUCACGAUGAGCUCUGGGCACCACAGUAAAGGUAUUGCCUUCAGAAGGAAAAUGGUUCCUCGGGCAUCUUCUGAUGGUGACCAUUUGUUGGCCACCAAUGCCGAUUCAGGGGAUGACAAAGAUUUCUCGGAUGGGGAUUUUAAAAGUGGCAAAUCUGAUGUGAUGGAUGCUUUGAUACCUCAUACAUUUCAUAAGGAGUCGAAACCUGUUUCAUGGACCUUUGAUGGAGAUCAAAAUGCUACUGAUACGGACAGUCACAGAUCUCUUUUAGAAGAACAAAUAGUUAUACCUGAUACAAAAGAGACUAUGUUAUCCAUCGCACUCCAAGUCUUUGUGCCUUUCCUCAUUGCUGGAUUUGGAACAGUUGGUGCUGGAUUAGUUUUAGAUGUUGUUCAGCAUUGGGAAGUUUUUAGGGUAGUGUCUGAAAUAUUUAUAUUAGUUCCUGCUUUAUUAGGACUCAAGGGCAAUUUGGAAAUGACUCUAGCUUCUAGAUUGUCAACACAAGCUAAUUUAGGACAUAUGGAUACUUUCAAAGAACAAUGGAAACUCGCCACUGGUAACCUGGCCUUAAUACAGUGUCAAGCAAUUGUUGUUGGAUUCUUAGCUUCAUUAUUUGCAAUGAUAAUGGACUGGAUACCUGAAGGCCAGUUUAAUGUUGAGCAUGCUUUGCUUUUAUGUGCUGCUAGUAUAGUCACUGCAUCUUUGGCCAGUUUUAUUUUGGGAUGUGUUAUGGUGUUAGUGGUCAUAUGUUCAAGAAAGUGUCAUAUAAAUCCUGACAAUGUGGCUACUCCUAUUGCUGCAUCAUUAGGGGAUCUAACAACGUUAUCGCUUCUAGCGGGAAUCUGUAAUGUUUUAUUUAGGAAACUAGAUUCACCACGUUUUGCUAUAUCUGUUAUAUCACUUUUUAUGUUGCUUCUUCCCUUCUGGAUUAUUGUGGCUCGACGUAAUAAAUAUACACGUGAAGUUUUAAAUUCAGGUUGGACACCUGUUAUUUCAGCUAUGCUUAUAUCAAGCUUUGGUGGUUGUAUUUUAGAUUUUGCUGUUGACAGAUUUUAUGGCAUUGCAGUUUUUCAACCUGUAAUAAAUGGUGUUGGGGGUAAUUUAGUAGCUGUUCAAGCUAGUCGUAUUUCAACAUAUUUACAUCAGAGAUCAAAAUUAGGAGUUUUACCACCAGAUGAUGCUGAUCUGUGCAAAGAUCCUAUAUCAGCGUUCUUUGGAAAAAGUAUCCAUGCAACUACAGCCAGAGUUUUACUAUUGAUGGUAAUACCAGGCCAUUUAGUUUUUACAUACGGCAUAAGAUUUGUUAAUGCUGGUCAUACCUCGGUCACUGCUAUGUUUUUAAUGUUUUAUUUACUAGCUGCAGUAAUACAGGUAGCCAUUCUGUUAUAUGCUGCUCACGUCAUGGUCCAUUGGAUGUGGGUGAAACAUAUUGAUCCAGAUAAUUCAGCUAUUCCAUACCUUACAGCCUUAGGGGAUUUGCUUGGUACAGCUUUACUUGCACUGGCAUUCAUGAUUUUAUAUGAAGUUGGCGAUAAAGAUUUUGAUGUUGGCGAAUAAACUAAACUAUAUGUAUGUUGCAUUAAUAGAGUUGGAUAAAAUGUGAUAAAAAAAUUGGGGACUUUCAUUUUAGCUUGCAAAUCUCAAUAUUGUGUGAUCCAUGGAUUAGGGAAAAAAGUUUUAUUUUGAAUUUAUUUGUUUAUUUACAUAAAUAUUUAUUCAAGGAUUGAAAUAUUGUUUUAUUUUUUAGUAUUUUUAUUUUGUCUUAAUUAGUUUGAUUUGUGUGUUACAAAGGAGUGUUAAUUUUUAAUUUUUGUGAUAGAAAUAAAUUUUUAAUUUUAUAAAAACUUAAAUUAUAUAAAUUACUACAAUUUUUGUUUUGUUUCCGGUAUUCAAUUUUUUUUUUAUC